CAGCACUUGAGCAUCUAGUGGCAUCUGCCUGUAGUUAGAAGCAGGAGUCACUACAGUCUCUAGAAAAGGCUAGAGUAAGUCACCAGCACGUUCCAGGGUGAUGUUUUCUCCUGCAGACUUGCUCAGAGCUGCGGUUCUCUCCAUGGGAACUGAGAGUAGGUCCAGGGACUCGUUCUGUGGCCCAGAGAUAAGUCAUAGGGAAGAUAGCAAUGGCCCAACACAGGAACAGUGUGGACCCCACCAUGCACGUAGCCGUGUCCUGGUCCAGGACUGCCUAGAUGGGCAGAUCUUGGGCCAGUUGCGCACCCUGUCAGAAGAGGAAGAAUCUUCUGGGGUUACCUUUCUUGGGGAGCCUGCCUUCCCUGAGAUGGAUUCAGAGGAUCUCCGUCUGGCUUCCUUCUAUGACUGGCCAUCCACUGCUGGGAUUCAGCCUGAGCCAUUGGCUGCUGCUGGCUUCUUCCAUACAGGCCAGCAGGACAAGGUGAGAUGUUUCUUCUGCUAUGGGGGUCUGCAGAGCUGGGAACACGGGGAUGACCCCUGGACAGAGCAUGCCCGAUGGUUCCCCAGGUGUCGGUUCCUGCUACAGUCAAAAGGAAGGGACUUUGUGGAAAGAAUCCAGGCCUGCACCCCCUUGCUUAGCUCCUGGGACCAAUGGGAAGAACCAGAAGAUACAAUCCCUGCCACCCCCUCAGAUACCAGGAGCAACCAGAGCCAGAGCCCCGGUGUUCCCAGCACACCGGCUUCACAACUGAUGGCUGAUUUACUCCAGGAGGAUGAAGGCCAGAUGGCAAGGGCCAGAGUCUCUACAGCUCCUGCUCAUGGAGGCCCUGAGUUACUCACAUCCAGAAGACAGAUGAAGCCUGAAGAUGCCAGUGAGCCAGGAGCUGAGGAUGUGCAGGAACAGCUGCGACAGCUGCAGGAGGAGAGGACAUGCAAGGUGUGCCUGGACCGAGCCGUAUCUGUAGUCUUCGUGCCCUGUGGCCACUUAGUGUGUACUGAGUGUGCCCCCAACCUGCAGGUGUGCCCUAUCUGCAGGGUGCCUAUCCGUAGCUGCGUACGCACCUUCCUGUCCUAAACCAGGUACUACACUCAGGAUGGGCACCCUGCCUGCCUCAACCUGUUCCAGACCAUACAGUGGGUCUUCUGGGGACACUCAGGAUCUACCACAAAUGUAGUACAGCAUGGAGCAAGAGUUCCUGGUUGGUGUGAGGAGUAGUUCUG